GCAACAAUGGAGGUAAGCAGCAGCCUGGAUAGUGGCACUAAGAACGCUUUGCUGCUCUUACAACAGCAGUCGAAUGGCAGCUUCAACGUGUCUUUGGACCUGCAGCAGCAGGACAACAUCAACAACAUUACCAACAGCAGCAGCAGCAACAACAGCAACAACGGCGGCAGCAACAACCACCAAAGUUUCGACAACACCUACACAGCAACACCUUUGCUUUUAUCGGCUGCUGCUGCCGCGGGCAGUGACCUUAUCAGUACGACCUUGACAGCCACCGUGUCUACGGUUUCAUCCAGUAUGUCCGAUUCGGCGGAUAUUGUGGGCAUGGCUGUGCCCUCAGUGAACUCGUAUUUCAUUGGCAUGGCCUGGCCUAAGGCCAUUGCAGUGGCCUUUUUCCUGCUGCUCAUAUUGGCAACAGUUAUUGGCAAUACGCUGGUCAUCUUGGCCGUCCUGACAACUAGACGACUGCGCACCGUUACCAAUUGUUUUGUCAUGAAUUUGGCCAUUACGGAUUGGCUGGUUGGUACUUGUGUAAUGCCACCAGCGGUUGUACUAUAUAUAACGGGCAGUUGGCGCUUUGGUUGGAUACUAUGCGACAUCUGGGUAUCGUUGGAUAUACUGCUCUGCACUGGCUCCAUACUCAGCUUGUGCGCCAUUAGUCUCGACAGGUAUCUUGCCGUGACACAACCCUUGACAUAUUCAAAAAAACGUCGCUCGAAACGCUUGGCACUGCUCAUGAUACUCGUGGUGUGGAUAACGGCGCUGUCAAUCACAUGCCCACCAUAUUUGGGUUGGUACGAACAGGGCCGACGGCAGCAGGACUCUGUCGACUGUCGCUACAAUCAGAAUAAAGGCUACGUAGUAUUCUCGGCAAUGGGUUCAUUCUUCAUACCACUCACAGUAAUGCUCUAUGUUUACCUUAAGAUUGGUUAUGUGCUGACAUCACGGCGACAGCGUAUUGUGCGCGAUGCGAACGUUGAACGCACCGCUGACCCAGAUCUUGAUGGCGACAACUUCAUCUCAGAAUCGGAGCACUAUCAUUGCAAUCCGCACAAAUGCUUGCCCAUGUGCAAAACACGUUGGCGUCUCACCUCGCUGCAUGGCAAUGGGGCAACAGCGAGCAACAGUGCAAACAGUGGCGCAAGUCAUGCCACAAAUGGCAGCAGCAGCAACAGCAUUAAAUGCAACAAAUGUCUGCCAAAGGGCGUCGUGGAUAAAACUUUAACAUUUAAGCAUCAGCCAACAUUCUAUGAAUUGGUGGAAGUGUCGCGCCUCUCAUCGCUCAUCCACUGCUCCGCAAUAAGUUGCAAAUAUGGAGGUCCUUGUAUGCACAGCACUGCGGCGGGCGGGGACACAAGACGGUCCUCGGCAUUGCACUACAAUGAUAGUCAAACUUCAUUUGCUGAGACAAGCAAACAGCAGCAGCAGCAUCAUCAUCAUCAUCAUCAGCAGCAGCAGCAGCACAUCCAACACAAUCAUCAUCACCAUCCACACCAUCAUGCUCAUCAGCGUAUGCCAAUGCGCGUGUCCACCACAAAACGUGAUACGAAAACCGCCAAAACAUUAACAAUUGUUAUGGGCGGCCUCAUUGCUUGUUGGCUGCCCUUCUUCGUCUAUUAUCUGCUAAUACCCUUCCUGCCACGCGCUGCAGUGCUGGAAGGACUCAUGUCCUUCCUCACAUGGGUCGGCUGGGUGAAUUGUGCCAUAAAUCCAUUCAUUUAUGCCUUUUAUAAUCCAGAUUUCCGCACUGCCUUUUGGCGUUUGACAUGUCGGCGCAUUUGUAAGCAAAAGCCGCCGCCCAAUCAUAUGGCCAUGUUCCGUGGUUAGAUGCAAAUGAAAGAAAGGCCGUUCAGGCAUGAAGGCAGAUAUUAAAGUUGAAGUCAAUUGCUAAGAAGAAUUACUUAAAUGAAUUUCCUAAUACAACUUAAUUUUAUUCAAUUCACAUUUUGGAACAAUUAUGUGCUCAAAAAAUACUCCGAUCAAGUUAGCAUUUCAAACCUGAUUAAGUCUUCAAGUCGUGAAUCGUUUCUCUUUACUGAUCCUGUCCCCAAUUAAUCAGAUUAGACAUGAAAAUAAUUCCACAAACGUAACUAUUAAAGAUAGAUCCUUAGUAGAUCCUAUCAUUCCAAAUGUGCGAUGUGCGAAUAGUUGUAGAAGGUAACUUACCUUCAAAAAAGUUGUAAUUAUUAUUUGUUCCUUAACUAACAUUUAAUUUAAUUCCUAGCUGA